UGGACUGGGGACAUAUGCGCUGCGUCCUCAGAGAGAUAUAGCCCACGGGGAACGGGCGUCUUGUAAGCCACUAGGUCCCACAGCUGGCGCAAUGCGGCCGUGCUUCUCAGAUUAGGUGCCGUCAUUGUCCUCAUCUGAGAGCAGAACUAUGAACUGGCACGUCCUUGGUGAUGUGAGUUAUCAGAAACGGAAUCUGCACACGGUAGUCGACCUCCACUAGCAAUGCAAGUUACUUUUUUUUUCAGAUGGCCUGGAAUAUUGAACUCUCGAACAAGGUGGUGACUGGCGCACCUGCUGGGGGGGCAUUGGCCUUGCUGCAUCGCCACCAGGUAUGACACUUUUUUAUUUUAAACUCAAAUUGAUUUCAGAUGGGUCGCAAGUGCCUUGCUGAGAACAAGUUACUACUCUACACGAAUGCAGGCGAGCCUUUGGCGACAAUUACUUGGAACGAAAGUUGUCUGGUGGGCAUGGGCUGGGUGGAAGAAGAACUGUUGCUUCUUUGUUUUGAAGAUGGCGUGGUAUUCAUCUAUGAUGUGUUGGGCAACUUUGUGCGAUCAUUUCUGUUGCUCACAUCAAAGCUUCCUUUAGAGGAGACCAUUAUUCAAGUCUACAUCUGGGGGUCUGGUCUUGUCGCCUUGACAAGUGCCAUGAAUCUUCAAGUAUGUGAUACUGUUCAUGCUUUCUCGCCAGCUGUUUAUACUAUGCCAACGGGGCUGUCUGAGGAGCGAUUAGCUAUUACCAUGGUCGUUUUACAACCAUGUUUUUCUUCCUCUGGUCUUGUUGAAGUUUUUCUUGGUACAGCUGAUAGCUCGAUUCUAGCUGUCGACGUGAACGGCCCCCAUGAUCAGCUCAUUCACGGUCGUCUCCCUGCUCCUGUGACUUCAAUGGCAAUAGCUCCAAAUGGUCGUUUUCUAGCGUGUUUUACUCUGGGAUUAUUAACAGUUGUAUCUACAUCUUUUACGACAAAAGUGCUGGAGUUUGACACUUUAGCGGAUUCAAGACUCCUUGACAUGCAGUGGUGUGGGGAAGAUUCCGUCCUGCUCAGUUGGGAAGAUUGUUUAUUGAUGGUUGGACCAUAUGGACAUUGGCUUAAAUUCAAAUACAGGGCCCCCUUGUUUCUGAUACCCGAAAUAGACUGUUGCCGCAUUAUCACUGAUCGAAGUUGUGAGUUACUUCAAAGGGUGCCUGGGCCGAUUGCGCUGAUUCGCCAAUUGAGUGCAGAUAAUCCCUCAGCCAUGCUGUAUAACACUCUGGAAAUGUGCAAAGUUGUAGAUGUAAAGGUGGAUCAUGUGCGCUCAAAGGACCCACCAGGCCAAGCAUGUUUAUCAGCCGAAAUCUUGCAUGCGAUUCAAGCAAACAUUGCAGCUGCAGCUGUUGAACUCACAACAGUCCAGCAGAAGUGCUACCUCCGCGCCGCUGCCUGUGGCAAGGCAUUUAUAAAAGUAUCCUCGGCUUACACAGAAAAUUUUGUUGCUGCGGCUCGCAAGCUUAGGGUGCUCAACCAUUUGCGUCGACGUAUUCCUGCUUUGUGCUUAACCACGACCCAGUAUGAUCGACUAGCAACGAGCUCCUUGAUGGACCGUCUUCUGGCUAGAAAUUAUCACUCCUUAGCACUACGCGUCAGUGAAUACCUUGGAGUCCAAAGAGACAGGGUAAUCAUUCACUGGGCAUGCGUAAAAUUACGAAGUUCUGUAGCACACAAAAGCCUGGACGGACAGAUGAGACCAUCAAUGAAUAACGCUUGUUUGAAGAUUCCUUGCUAUAUAUCGCAAAUCCCCAUCGUAACAACUGCCGAUGUCCUUGGGUGUCGUCAAUUCGCAAUGGCUUUGUUGCAGUCUGAGUGUUCUAUGAUAGACCAAGUCAAAUUAUUACUUGCUAUGCACGAGCAUGAAUUAGCAUUGAAAAAAGCUGCUCAGGGCAAGGAGGUUGACGCUAUCUAUCUUGCUCUUAUAUGUACUGAGCGCAUGUGUCCCUGGAUGACGAGGAACACGAGUCCAUCGUCAAACUGCAGUUCACUUUUUGAUACAAUUGCUCGUCACGAAGACCUAUCCAACCUGCUGCGUGUGUAUUAUCAGUCACGCAUUCCAACAGCAAGCAGCAGAAACUUACACAACUUUCUAGUUCACCACAACGCUGGUCGUCCUUGCUUCAAACAAGCUGGAAACUUGGCACUAAGAAUCAGCUAUCUGCAAACACGGCGCGCAGAUAGAUUUAAAAAGCUGCGUGAAGUAAUUUCAUUGUAUGCGCAGGGGCGCGAAUCGCAAUUUCAGCGUAGGGCAACUGAGGAUCAAGUAGCUUUGCUUGAGUUUCAAUCUGAUCUAGAAAAGAAGUAUGGAACUGGGUGUUUUUUCGACAUGUCCCUUAGUGAGACAGUAUACAACUUGAUUGUGCUUUGCUCAACUCAACAAAAGCGUGCAGUUGAUUUGCUUUCAGACACUAAUAGAUUACGAAGGAGGUUUAAAAUACCAGAUCGCCGUUUUUCAUACUUGAAGUUAACAGCGCUUGCUGCUUCUGGACAAUGGCACGCACUUCGUGUUUUUUCCGCUGAAAAAUCUGCCAUUGGCUACGCGCCAUUUGUGCGGGUCUGCAUUGAGUAUGGACAGCCGGCCUCUGAGAUAGAGUACUACAUGAACCGAAUAACUAUAGAUAACGAACGCCAUUCUCUUCGUGCCGAGCUUAAGUCUUAAUUGAGCAUCAGCACAACGAUUGAAGUAUCAUCUGGUGGAUCCGGUGAUGGUAUUUCUUUUUUUUUGAGGCCUAAACCGGCUUGAACAGCGGAUACCUCGCACUGUGUCAUUGGAUUGAUGGAAUUCUGGUGACAGCCCCAAGAUUACCCAUCUGCCAGAACGGAAUGCUGAGUUCGAGUCCGGAUCUCUACCCAGGUUGCUCAACGCAAUUAAAAUAAUAAGAGGAGAAGAUGCAUCAGAAUCCCGCACUUCUAGUUCAGGUUAUCUACUACCUAUGAUGACCAGUCUGUGGAGAUUCAAUUUGCCUCGAGAGCCUCUGACUCAGUGAGGCCAGAAUGCAAGCCCUGGACCUCUUUCAAGGCUGAGCAGUUGACUAAGGCCACCUGAUGGUUUGCCUGAGUGCAGCGAACGGUUACAGACGGCAGUGCACAUGGCCAUCUCACUGACAGAUGCCAGUGGUCCCAUGCUUAGCGUCCGAGUCACGGCCGGCGAUCACGGCCGGCGAUCACACGGGGAAGUCACUAAAAAAUCAAUCAGACCAAAACUUGAAAGUCGACCAUUGGCACCCUACCUCCGUCCCAUCCUGACGGAUCAUAAAUGGGGUAACAAAAUUCGAUUUUUGAAAUCUCG